CUGGAACAUUUCCACAAGCUCAUGUGCCUCUUGGGGCUCCAUGCCGCCCCUCUUCGCCGCCGCUGCGGCCCUUGCCGCGGCCGCUUCGGCGGGCGCCGAGCCGCCCUUCCGGGCGGCGGCCCUGUGGGCGGCCGAGCGGAUCCCCGACAGCUGCGACGUGCGGGGCACUGGAUGUGAUUGGUUGGCCCUGCCAUCAGCCUGGCGCUAUGUCUGGAACAACCUGCGUCUCGCCCACCAGCUAGCCCGACCAGGGCCCGAAAACAUGGAGCCCGAGCGCCUCCGCGUGGAGGAGAGUUUGGGGCAGAUCCAUCGGUGGAUAGACCGCUUGGGCGACGACCCGGGGCUUUGGUAUUCCAAUUGGCACCGCCUGGGGACCGUGGCCCGAGCACAUCUCAACCGGACGCGGACAGCGAGCAUUCGCGCUGGCGCAGGGGCCAGGUCCAGCUUCGUCGCUUCGGCGCCUCCCGCUGACGCGCACGCGCACGCGGGCGGCGUGCCUGGGCUCACGAGCGGCCUGCGGUUCCCUGCGGUGGGCCGGUCGCUGAUGGUGACGCAGAACAGUCGCCUUCCAGUGGGUCCACUGGAGCUUCCACUGCUGGGACUCGUGGUGGAGAAGGACGUCGAUGAAACGAGCUUCGUCAGGGCCUUGCAGCUGGGCGUCCGUGCCUUCUACCUCUCGGCCUCCGCCUCUGCGCUUGGCUUCUCGGACGCCUUGCUUCGCAGCGGCGUGGAGCGUCGAGCCGUGCUGGUGCUGGGCGAAAGGCCCAGCGAAGUGCUGCUCGAAGCCGACUUGGAGGUGCUGCUCGGAGCCGCAUCCGACAAAGGAAGUAAAGCCAUUGGGGGCUAGGCUUCUUUGGGGGGGUCCCAAACUGGGACGGUUCACCAGUAGUCUAUUGUACUGGACUGGAAGCGAAAACCCUUUGAUUCCAGGUCAGGCUUCGGAUGUUGCUAUAGUUUGGAAUCUGAUCAAGAAGCGCUAGACCGCUGGGCAGACGAGGAUGGAAAGCGCCUACUCCCAGACCUCCACACGAAGCACCUUCGUCCCAACCGGUCAAGAACCCCAAAGUCUGUGACAAGAGAUGUUCUUUUGCUUCUCUACCAGUAACCAGCUACUACGAGCGAUCGGACGCUACUAAUUAGGGGCUCCUGGCAUCGCUACGAACGGAGCGAUCGGACGCUACGAACCGGGGCUUCUUUGACCACCUGGGAAAGACGGACUUUUGCUUUGUGAUCUCCUACCACCGAAGUUCCUUCGGUCAAACCCAUCGCCGUCGCCCUCGCCUCGAUCGCAGGAGCUUCGGGACCUCGAUGGAGUGGCCCUACGGGUCUCCAACGAGGAAGACUUGGACCGCAGAGCCUGGACACGUUUGGAGGAGCAUCUGUCAAAGGAGCACCUGAGACUGAUUGGUUUGGCAGAGAUGCACCCGGACCGAGUCCAAGACUUCCUCAGUGGCUGAGCGGAGUCAAUGACCGACGCGAUCGUCGGUCCACCGUUCCGGGGAACUGGACGCCCUACGACGACGAACGGAGGCGAUCGGACGCGAUCGGACGCUACGAAUGGUGAUUGUCCUGGGAACUGCCGGAUGGUGC